AUGAGUUCCAACGGCGGGUUUCUCGAAGCCCUCAGCCCUGGUAUCACCAGUACGACCAAUACGAGCAGAAGAUCCACGUCGACGGUUCGGUCACGCACUCGCCGCUUAGCAUCGUCCGAAGAUGAUGUGAAUACCAGUAACGGGGCUCAGCAGCUUUCCUCUGGGCUGUCCAGAGUGGUCACCCCUGAUCUGUCCACGACCGCCUCUCGAGGUACAACGCCGUCGCCUUUUCCGUCCCGCGGAGUGUCACCCCUUCCUCGGAGACAUCCCUCCCGCGCGAAUGAAUCACCGAACAAUCGUGGUAGGAUAAAUGGGAGUGGUGCUUCUUCAGGUGGGUUUAGUCAUAACGGGAAGGAUCAGUUAAAUUUGGCUGAAUCGUCGCGGGCUGCCGCAGACUUUCUGGAUGCAUCUUGGUCGUCGCUACAGAGCCUGGCCUCUUCGGUUUUAGGGAGCGAUAUCGCCCGGCCAGCCUCUAAUGGCUCUGCGAAAGGUCAUCAAAGAAAGCCAUCCCGCCCGGAUCCGUAUCUCAGAGAUCUUUCCAAACAGCAGUCAUCAUGGGGCCCUUCGGGUCCGUCCACGUCAGAAAUCGGGGCUGGGACCAAGGAGGAACGACAAGCCUAUGUGCAGGCAAAGAAGAGGGAGGCUCUGCUUCUGGCAGACACCUGCCCAAGUACCAGCAGCAAUACCCGGCAUAAACGGCGAGAUUCCAGCGAUCAGACGGGUUACUCGUCGAUUGACCACGAGCAAGACGAGGACGCUUUGGCAUACAUCCACCACGUUCAACCGACCGACACCAUUACUGGUGUCACGAUAAAAUAUGGCUGCCAGCCGGCAAUUUUCAGAAAGGCCAAUGGAUUUUGGCCUAGUGACAGCAUCCAAAGCAGAAAGACGGUCCUAUUACCUGUGGACUCUUGCUCGGUUAAAGGACGGCCCAUACGCCCUGCAGAUACCCCAGAUCUUCUCAGUGAUGAAACCCCUGGUCGCGCAUCUAUAGAAGACCCGAAUGGCAGCUCAAUAGCACCAGAAGCAUUUGCAGAGACUCGCACAUCUAAAGAUGAAGCUUCCGCAAGUACGACAUCCGAGGUCGAAGGAGAUCGGAUUUGGAAGCACGAAUCAUUUGUGCAAAUAGAUGGAUUUCCAUCAGAAGUUGAGAUUGGUCGAGUUCCUCGAAGAGCACUAGGAUUCUUUCCACGCACGCGCCGAAAAUCUGUCUCCUAUACCGAUUCCGAACCACCGCCUUCGAUAUCCGGUAGAGAACCGGCGACUACAGCUAGUACUUCGACAUCAUCCUCACCAGUUCAGCCAUCAGCAUCGCGAUAUACAGAUUUUCCAGAAAAUCGGCCUCACGCAGGAUCGUCGGGGUCGACGAGUCACCACAAUCCCAAGCCUAGCGCCCGUCACCAGCGUCAACGAAGCAAUGUCCAACUUUCGGGGCCAGGAGUUGGCACCCUAGAUCGCGAUACAAUGGCCCCAGGGCCAGCUCUCGACGGGUUUAGUAAAUUCUUUGCGCAGCAUUUACCAAACUUGGCCCCGCAGCCAGCACCCCCGAACUUCCAGGCAGCAUCUGAGUCCACUGCAACCUCGAACACACCAACCAGUCUCGACAAUCUCGGCGGUGCAUUUGAAGGUUGGGUCAAGAAAAUGACGACGCGAGCAAAGGCUAGUUUCAACGAGCUACAACAACCUAGCACACAGAGCUACCAGAUCAAUGGCCGGGGUCCUAUAUCCGGGGGUCGAGGAAUGGGCGACUUGAUUGAGUUGGACGAUGGGUUGGAAGCGAGGGGCUCCUCUGGUCUCGCAGAGACACGGCGGAAACCCGAGCUUAGCCGGUCUGGAUCAAGCCUUCAAGAUACGACAUCCUUGAGAGGACGUCCGUCGGCAUCCGCGACGAGCCGGACUCGUGACACAGGUCGUCAAAGAUCAAACUAUAGUGAGGACGGAGUCAAGGACGAUUGA